AUGUCCCGACUUCAAGCACAUCUCCAAUGCACAAACCUCUGGCUAGACUACUACGUCUGCGUGCACGUUCCCGGCGCAACAACCACCUCCGCCUCCCCGGAACCAACCGAGAACCCGUCUGGCCCUACGCCCCAGAUGCCUGGGAUUGUGAGCAACUGCAAGGACUUCCACCUGAUUGAGGAUGACGAGAGCUGUUGGUCUAUUUAUACAGGUGCGGGUCUUACCCUGGAUCAGUUCCGGGAGUGGAAUACGGAGGUGGAUGCCGGGUGCACGAAUCUGUGGCUUGGGUAUUAUGUGUGUGUGUUGGUGUUUGAUUGA